AUGUGUGGACGAUACGCUUUAGGCGUGCGCAUGAGCUUCAUCCGCCGCCGUCUCCAAGACCAAGGUCUUCGGGUCGACGACGCACCUCCCGACGAAGACGUCCGCGAAACUUACAACUUCGCACCGGGGAAUACUGGCGCUGUGUAUCUUGCCGAUACGCAUAUGUACCCGUCUUCUCAUCAUCAUGAUGAAUCAGCUAAUCAGCCCGACGCCGAUAAAGAGGCGACUGAAGCAGCAGUAGGGGCAGCAGACGAAGUUGAGGAGGAGGAAGAUGAUGAUGAUGCAGGAGUAGAUAAGCAAAAGAACAGCAAAGCCACCAAAUACAAGCUCCACAGCAUGCGCUGGGGUCUCAUCCCGUUCUGGACGAAACGCAACCCCGACUACGGAAGUCUUAUGCGUACGAUCAAUUGCCGAGAUGACUCAUUAAUCGAGGAUCGGGGCUUGUGGACGUCUAUGAAGCGGAGGAAGCGGUGCGUGGUGGUGUGUCAGGGGUUCUAUGAGUGGUUGAAGAAGGGACCGGGAGGGAAAGAGAAGGUUCCGCAUUUUGUCAAGAGGAAGGAUGGGGAUUUGAUGUAUUUUGCGGGGCUGUGGGAUAGUGUUAAGUAUGAGGGUGAGAUAAUACACUCUUUACCUAUAUUUUUGAGGGAAUGUUGGGGCGUGGGAGCUAAUUGCGAUACAGAUUCAGAUGAAUAUCUCUACACAUAUACGAUCAUUACGACGUCGUCGAAUCCUUACUUGAAGUUCCUGCAUAAUCGGAUGCCCGUGAUUCUGGACCCAAAUAGCGAGGAGAUGAAGACUUGGCUGGACCCCUCCAGGACGGAGUGGUCGAAGGAAUUACAGUCGAUCCUCAAACCGUAUGAGGGCGAGCUGGAGUGUUAUCCUGUGGCGAAGGAGGUGGGGAAGGUGGGGAAUGAUUCUCCGGACUUUAUAGUCCCGGUCAGUAGUAAGGAGAAUAAGAGCAAUAUUGCGAACUUCUUUGCCAAUGCGAAGAAGGGUGCUGCGGUGAAGGUGGAACAGGGAGUGAAAGAUGAGAGGCCCACGAAAGAUGCUGAAUGGAGCGAGGAUAAUGCGCCCAAGCCGGUAUCUGGAGUCAAGAGGGAGCAUUCGCCGGAUGUCGAGACGGAGGAUACCAAGUUGCAGAAAACGGAGCCGAGUGUGAAUACAUCGCUGAAGAAGAGCCCGGAGAAGACCUCACCAUCCAAGCCUGUGACGCCGGCAGGGAAGAAGAUGCGCAGUGCCACGCAUAACAAGCCGAUAAAGAAGAUCCCGCAGAAGCAGCCUCCUACAGGGACGCAGCGGAUUACGAACUUUUUUGGGAAGUGA